AUGCAGCGCCGCAUCGCCCGCAACCCUGCGCUCCGUCACAAGCUCAACCAGAUGAGGCUCAACCUCUCGCCCCUCGUCCAGAUCACCACCGGACAGGUCCAUCCCGACUUCCCCCGCACCGUCCUGCAGUUCUGGCUCCUGACCGACCACCAGCUCGAGUCCAUCGCCGACUUCUACCACCAGCGCCGGCCCUCCGACCUCACCUACCUGUACCCUUGCCCCGUCGCCUGGGACUCCAACCUGCCUCUCGAGGCCAAGAGGCGCAGGAUCGGCAGCUUCAUCGGUCUGAGGGGAUGCUGCCAUCCUCUCACCUCUCCUCCUCCUCCUCCUCCUCCUCCUCAUUCUUCUCCUCCUCAUCCUUCUCCUCCUUCUUCUUCUCCUCCUCCUCCUCCUCCUCCUUCUUCCACCCAUCAUCGCAACCAUCGCACCAUCAACACAACCGCCGCCGCCGCCGCCGCCGCCGCUACUGCUGCUGCUGCUGCUACUGCCGCUAUUACUGCUACUGCUCCUGUUACUACUACUCCUACCACCACCACCACCGCUGCUGCUACCCCUACCAUCACCCUCCCUUCCAAGGAGAAGCCCAUCCAUCUCAAGUCGGAACGCGACAUUGCCGACGAGGCUCGCUUCGCCGCAAGAGCCGCUCACGACCAGGAUCUCGCGAGGCCAAAGUUGGCCUGCUGGCGCCCUCGCUCCGACUUCUGA